GCGGAAAAAUUAAGCGAGCGCAAGAAGUAGCACAAAAUGUACACGCCAAGAAAAAAAAUCCUUUGGUUCGCGAUCGUUAGUAGAAUCGCGGUAUUUAUACUGCAAGCAAUUUUUAACGCAUUAAUACCCAAUCACCACGCAGAUGUAUUUAGAAGACCCUUGGAUCCUGCGGAGAAAGUUUCCCCGUGGGAUCGAAUAGUGUAUUUUUUACUUGACGGUCUUACACGUUGGGACGGCGAGUAUUAUUUACACAUCGCAAGAUACGGGUACACUUACGAGAAUACUCUCGCUUUUUAUCCGUUGUACCCGGGUAUGAUUCGCGUCGUCGGCGUUGUUUUGCUGAAGGUACUUCCCAUGCUGAAUAUUCAGAGCGCGAUGAUCCUGGCCGCGACGUUCAUUAAUUUCGCGUGUUUCAUAAAGUCCGCAAUUAUCCUCUAUGACCUCACCGAGCGUGUAUUCGAAGAUACCGUGACGGCGUACAAAACGGCGAUACUUUACUGCAUAAAUCCGGCCGGCAUAUUUUUCUCGGCCGCAUAUUCCGAAUCCAUGUUCGCGUACCUAACGUUCUAUACCAUGCUUGCAAGUAUAAGAUGCAUGCCCACUAUUUAUUUUCCACUGGCUCUGUCAACCUUGGUGAGGUCGAACGGUCUCAUCAACAUCGGCUUUCCUGUAUAUUUCGGCUUUAAGAAUAUAUGCAAUUCCGCAUCAAGAGAGACGCGACAGAAAGGUAAUAUUCUAUCGACUGCCUGGUAUAUCCUAAAAUUGAUGACGUUGAACAAUUGCUUCACUCUGUUGAGCACGAUAAUUAUAUCGAUGUCGCCGUUUCUUCUUCUACAAAUAUAUAAUUAUAUAAAGUUUUGCACUUCUACGUACGACACGUCGUUGCUACCGACUCACAUUUUACAGUACGCCGCAGAAAACAAUCUAGUCCUACCAGGUGCGGAAAAUUCGGCAUGGUGUAAUGCCAGUGUGCCUCUGGCAUACUCGUACGUGCAAAAGACAUAUUGGAACGUUGGAUUCUUGAGAUACUAUCGAUUCAAACAGAUACCGAAUUUCAUUUUAGCUUUUCCAAUGUUGCUCAUUAUGUUGCACUGCGUAAAAGAAUUUCUCUUUGAACAUAAGAAUGAGUUCUACUCGUUGGGAUUAUUUGACGGCAAAGCAAAAAGCGAAAAUACUAACCAUGUAAAGAAAUAUCCAUUGAAUAUGUUUGUUUUCGUGAUACAUGGGUUAUUUUUGACCACAUUUUGCUUAUUCUUUGUACAUAUUCAAGUCAGUACACGUUUAUUAGCUUCCGCGAGUCCUUUGAUAUAUUGGUACUGUGCGUCGAUUAUGUCUUAUAAAUGUAGCGAUCAUGUUGACUCACAGUACGAAAGUAGAGACAACAUAUUCUCCAAGUGGAAAGUGUUUAUCUUAUCGCAAGAACGAUAUACGUUACAGGAUAAGCUAGUACUAUCUUAUUUCAUAGGAUAUACAAUUAUAGGAUGUUUUAUGUUUCCCAAUUUCUUGCCAUGGACUUAAUAGACUACAUCCUAUAUGUAUAUUAUAUAUGUAUAUUCUUUUCACUAAAAUAAGUUAUUCCAGAAUAUUUUAGAUACAUUCUUGCUGUAAAUGUAUUUGCUGACGUUUUUGUAUAUAAAUAAUAAAUACUGAAAUAAGA